GGGACGCGGCCCUCGGCGGCCUCCCAGGCGCCCGGCACCCGCAGGACGCACCGCACCAUGGAGCUGCUGCUGCUGCUGCUGCUUGUCGCCACGGCCCCCUGCUGCAGCCCCCGGCCCGCGGCAGGGGCCCAGGAGAGCUGCUCCCUGCGCUGCGGGGACCGGGACGGGCCGUGCUCCUGCCACCCCACCUGCUCAGGCCUGGGGAGCUGCUGCCCCGACUUCCGAGACUUCUGCCUGGUGAUCUCACCCUACUCGGGCUCGGUGAUGGGUGGCAAAGACUUCAUGGUGCAGCAUCUGCGCUGGGUGGGGCGCACCGACGGCGUGAUCUGCAGGUUCAAGGACAGCAUCCAGACGCGCGGACACGUGGACAGCCUCAGCCGCGUGCACUGCGUGUCGCCGCUGCUCUACGAGAGUGGCCGCGUCCCCUUCACACUCUCGCUGGACAACGGCCGCUCCUUCCUGCGCGCGGGCACCUGGCUGGCCGUGCACCCCAGCAAAGUGUCACCCACGGAGAAGAGCCAGCUGCUGAACGAAACCCGCUGGCAAUACUACGGCACGGCGGGCACCACGGGCAACCUCACCAUCACCUGGGAGGCGGGGGCCCUGCCCGCACCCUCCGUCACCAUCGAGCUGUGGGGCUACGAGGAGACGGGGAAGCCGUACUCUGGGGAGUGGGCAGCCAAGUGGACGUACCUGUACCCCCUGGUCACCAACACCUCCAACUUGGGCGUCUUCACCUUCACCCCGAAACCUGCCCCUCGCAACUUCCAGCGGUGGGAAGUGGGUGCCCUGCGGAUCGUCAGUGGCGGACACCAAGCCGGGGAGAAGGACGUGCAGGCCCUCUGGAGCAACGAGCACGCGCUGGCCUGGCACUUGGGCGACGACUUCCGGGGGGACCCCGUGGCCUGGGCCCGCGAGCAGUGCCAGGCCUGGGAGACGCUGGAGGACGAGCUCCCCAACUUCCUGGAGGAGCUGAUCGACUGCCCGUGCACCCUGGCCCAGGCCCGAGCCGACUCCGGGCGCUUCUUUGCUGACUACGGCUGUGACGUGGAGCAGGGCAGCGUGUGCACCUACCACCCCGGGGCCGUGCACUGCGUGCGCUCCGUGCAGGCCAGCCCCCGCUACGCCUCGGGCCAGCAGUGCUGCUACACGGCGGCCGGCACGCAGCUCCUGACGGCCGACUCGGACGGCGGCAGCACCCCGGAUCGUGGGCACGACUGGGGGUCCCCCCCGUACCUCGCGCCGCCCCGCGUGCCCGGCCUCUCCCACUGGAUCUACGACGUCAUCUCUUUCUACUACUGCUGCCUGUGGGCCCCCGAGUGUCCCCGUUACAUGCGGCGACGGGCGUCCAGCGACUGCCGCACGUACCAGCCCCCGCGCCUGGCCUCCGCUUUCGGGGACCCACACUUCGUCACCUUCGAUGGCACCACAUACUCCUUCAACGGACGCGGCGAGUACCUGCUUCUGGAGACGCCGCUGACCAACCUGAGUGUCCAGGCCCGGGCCGAGCCGGGGCUGAUGCCCAAUGGCACGCGGGCCCGUGGCUCGGGGCUGACCGCUGUGGCCGUCCAAGAGGGUGACUCGGACGUGGUGGAGGUGCGGCUGGCUGGAGAGGCCGGGGGGCUGCAGGUGCUGCUGAACCAGGAAGUUCUCAGCUUCGCCGAACAGAGCUGGAUGGACCUCAGGGGCAUGUUCCUGUCGACGGCCGCCGAGGAAAACGUGACCAUCAUGUUGGCAUCCGGGGCCGGCCUGGAGGUCAGUGCCCAGGGCCCGUCCCUGAGCGUGGCCAUCCUGCUGCCCGAGAAGUUCCUCAUGCAGACUCGGGGUCUCCUGGGGACGCUCAAUGGGGACCCCUCCGACGACUUCACCCUGCGCAACGGACGGGUGCUGCCCGCGGACGCCACGUCCCGGCAGCUGUUCGCGUUUGGGGCCGACUGGGCCGUGCAGAACGCGUCCUCCCUGCUGACGUACGACUCCCGCUUCCUGGUCAACAACUUCCUGUACCGGCCAAAACACGACCCCACUUUCGAGCCCCUCUUUCCGGAAGAGGCCGCCCUGACCCCUGGUCAGGAAGCCGAGGUCAUCGCUCUGUGCGGGGAUGACCCUUUCUGCCGCUUCGACGUGGCGGCCACCGGAAACCUGAGUGCCGGAAGCUUCACGCUCGCUGCCCAUCGGCUGCACCUGCAGCGGGCGGCCAGCCUGCAGCCCGUGGUCUCCUGCGGCUGGCUGGCCCCGCCGGUCAACGGGCACAAGGACGGCACCAGAUAUCUGGAAGGUUCCACCGUCCGCUUCGGCUGCGCCGGCGGCUACAGUCUGGCCGGGGCAGACACCAGCACCUGCCAGGCUGACGGGACCUGGUCCACGUCCACACCCAAGUGCCAGCCAGGACGCAGCCAAACCGUGCUACUGAGCAUCGUCUUUGGCGGCCUGGCCGCGGUGGCACUGGCCACGGUCAUCUACCUGGUAGUGUGUCGUCGCCGCAAGGGCAGCAGAGACAUCUGGGGCCCGCAGUCGUGACGCCGAGCUCACCCGGCCAGCGGCUGCAUCGGGGGUCCUGUGGAUUUCCUGGGGUCCCCCCAGUAUGGCCACAAGCGGGCAAAGCCCCGAGAAUGGACCCCCAGGACGUUCCCACGUCCCUACGUCUGGACGUCUGAAACCCUCAGAGCUGACAUCGGUGCCCGCUCUGCCACCUGGGAAUCCCGGAGCCCAAACUCUGUGCUAGAACCUUCCAUUCCUUACCCUCGAGGCUCUAGUCCCUCAGGUGUGGCUGUGGGCCCUGGACUUUGACCCAUGUACCCCGAGUCCUAAAUGGAGCUGGAGCACCCGAUAUCUCAGACCCCAGAGUGCAUAGCCCUGGACCCUGGAUGUGCUGCAAACUGGCCCCCCAACAUGGGGACCCCCCAAUGCCGAGCUGCCUUGGUUCCCCGUCCCCACUGGAGGCCCAGGACCCCGGAGUGGAGGAUGGACGGCCCCAGUGGCGGUGGCCGUGGGCUGGGACCACCCUUUACACUCCAGGCUUGUACAUGUAACUCUUUGGGGGGCUUUGCUGGGAAAUAAAUACCCCGCCCGUGCCGGGAAUGGGGGGGAAGACACAG